AUGAACCCCUCAAUAAUCAAAGUUCCUCCGCUGAAGGACUUGAACAUCAAUAACAUCACCGAAAACACCGUCUUAAUAAACUCCCGAAGCGGCGAUGCGCGGCUGACGUACCUUAUGGAGUGCUUAGUUACGCACCUGCAUGACUUCGCACGUGAGACGCGAUUAAGUACGGGUGAAUGGAUGGCAGCACUCAAUUUCCUUGUUAAGGUUGGGCAAAUAUCUAGUGAUGUGCGACAUGAAUUUAUCCUUCUCUCAGACAUACUCGGCCUCUCCCUCCUCGUCGAUUCAAUCAACCAUCCCAAACCCCCCGCAUCCACCGAAGGCAGCGUGCUCGGGCCUUUCCACACUCAUGAAGCAGACACCAUUUCCAACGGCCAAGGCAUGUCGUCCGACACCCAAGGAGAGCCUUGUCUCGUCGUUUGUACCGUUCAUGACGUCUCCGGAAGCCCCAUCCCAGGCGUCAAGAUUGAUAUCUGGGAAACUGAUUCUACGGGACAUUACGAUGUGCAAUACAAUGAGAGGGGUGGGCCUGAUGGCAGAGCGCUCUACAUUCGUGGCGACCCAUACGAGAGCUCUGAUGCGGUUUUUGGCGUCAAACAAUCGCUCAUCGUAGAUUUUGACACCGUCGAUACAGCAACAGCCAAACAAUACGGUGUUACCAAAGGAAUCAAGGUGCUCAGGCAUGAUUUCGUGCUGGUGAGUGACAAAGAGGCGGAGAAAUUGCGGGAUGAGAAUGCGUUGGCUGAGAUAAAGAAACUUGGCAAGAGAGUGAAGAUGUUGAACCAUUUGCCGGUACCAGAUGUGGAUUAG